UAGCGCGUGUCGGUUGUGUGUCUAACAUGGUGGCAUUGUGUUUAUAAAUAUUCUAUCGUGUUUUAGCCAGCGUCUGUGCAUUUAGCAAACAUAGUUUUUUUUUGUAGUUGUGAAUUUUGUGAUUUACUAAAGACUUUUUAAGAUGAGUAAGAUCUUCGCGGCGCUACGUCGCUGCAAAAAGCUGGACGACAACGACAACACCACCCAGCUGUCCAGAUGCCUUGGACUAUUCGACCUCACCUCGCUAGGAGUCGGGAGUACCCUCGGUUUAGGAGUGUACGUGUUAGCCGGUGCUGUCGCCAAGACCGUUGCUGGACCGGCGGUUACCCUCAGCUUUUUGGUGGCAGCCAUUGCUUCUGCUUUUGCUGGGUUAUGUUACGCAGAAUUCGCUUCAAGAGUUCCGAAAGCCGGUUCGGCUUACAUCUACAGUUAUGUGAGCGUCGGGGAGUUCAUCGCGUUCACGAUUGGUUGGAACCUGAUCUUGGAAUACGCUAUAGGAACAGCCAGCGUCGCCAAAGGCAUGGCGGUAUACAUUGACACUCUCUUCAACAACACGAUGGCGAGGACGAUGACGGCCGCAGCUCCGAUCAAUGUGUCCUUCUUGGCUGACUACCCUGAUUUCUUUGCGUUUGGUCUAGUUAUUUUAAUAACUCUCCUGCUCGGUAUUGGAGUUAGCGAAUCUACGAAGCUAAACAACGUGUUCACGGCCCUCAAUAUGACAACCGUCAUAAUUGUUGUCGUCGCUGGAGCUAUCAAAAGUAACCCAGCUAACUGGAACAUCAAGCUGGCCGAUAUCCCACCCGAGUACGUGAGUCAAGCCGGCGAAGGAGGCUUUAUGCCGUGGGGGGUGGCGGGCGUCAUGGCGGGGGCGGCUAAAUGCUUCUUCGGCUUCGUCGGCUUCGACUGCGUGGCCACCACGGGGGAAGAGGCCAAGAACCCGAAAAGAGACAUACCUCUAUCAAUAGUUCUGUCUCUGAUCAUAAUAUUCUUGUCAUAUUUCUCCAUCGCCACAGUGCUCACCAUGAUGCUGCCCUAUUAUUUGCAGGACGCGGAGGCUCCAUUCCCGUAUGUAUUCGAACAAGCCAACUUACCAGUGAUCAAAUGGAUAGUGACAGUGGGCGCUAUAUUUGCUUUGUGCACGAGUCUCCUCGGUGCCAUGUUCCCACUCCCGCGGGUGCUGUACGCCAUGGCGAGUGACGGGGUGCUGUUCCGACCACUAGCCGCCAUAGAACCGAGGACCAAGACCCCAUUGUUGGCCACUGCGAUUAGCGGAUUUCUUUCAGCAAUAAUGGCAGCCAUGUUUAAUCUGAAUCAAUUGAUCGACAUGAUGUCUAUAGGCACCUUGCUAGCGUACACCAUCGUUGCAACAAGCGUUCUCAUACUCAGGUACGAGGAGGAAGAUGUAUCCGUUAGCACGGAGAAGGUGUCGACGAGCGCGGGGGGUCUGGCGGCGGCGCUGCGUCAGGGUUGCAACCUGCUCGGACUCAAGUACCCCACGCAACUCUCCUCUACCAUCGCCAAGACUACAAUCGCUCUCUUCUUUGUGGUGGCGCUGGCGGCGUGCGUAGUGUUCCGUGUGGGGGACGAGGUGGGACCGGGAGGCGCAGUGGUGGGAGCGGCACUGGGUGCGGCCCUGGUGGCAUUGCUGGUGGUACUGUACCGGCAACCAACUAAUAACGUCACACAUCUCUCAUUUAAGGUGCCGCUAGUCCCACUUGUCCCAUACCUGAGCGUCUGCAUGAACGUGUAUCUGAUGGUCCAAUUGGACUACCAGACGUGGGUUCGGUUCAUCAUAUGGCUUGUAAUCGGUUACCUAAUUUACUUCUUCUAUGGAAUCCGUAACAGUUCACUCAAUGCUUGGCCGCCCGCCGGUAAACUCGGUGACAAGGAUAAAACACAAGUCGUAACAAAGUUUUGAUCUGUAUUGCUAGAGCACAAGGUUUAAUUUGGCUUGGAGGACCGAUUUAAUUGUUGAAAAACUGAAUAUUGGAGAUAUGUACAUAAUAACUAUAAUAUUAAUCCUGUGAUUGUUGGACAAGAUAAGUUUAUCUGUUUAUGUAAUUUCUUUGCGGAAAAUAUUUGUGUAAGAAAUACUUCAUCGGUGUAUUUAGAAUUACUUAAUUUAAUUUUUAUGAAAUACUAAAUCAAGCUUUAUCACUGCAGACUACAGGGUACUUAAGGCAUCUUAUAGUGUGGUUAUCAGAAACUUUCAAAAAUCGCCAAUGUGUCUCCUAGAACCUUCACUAAUAUCUGGACACGACUGCCCAAAAGUGAAUGCAAUGCUUCGAAAAAUCACAUACGUGGCUUUAUUAAUUCCACCAUAUCCUUAUCUUGUUUACUGCCGUGUAGGUCACCGGUGCCCUACGCGGCGCUCUGAAGUAAUUAUGUCGAUUUGUAUUACUAAGCGUCUAGAUUGCCUAAC